AUGUCGCUGGUGACGAUAUCGAGCGUGGAGCGCAUGACGGCGAAGAACCUAGCAGACAUGCUCCUCGCCGCCGGCGCCAGUCAGCAGCAGUCUCCCGACCCCAGCAUCGCCAUCAUAGACGUGCGCGACGACGACUACAUAGGGGGCCACAUCAAGUCGUCCAUGCACUUUCCCAGCCGCAGCCUCGACGCCAUGCUGCCCACGCUCCUGCGUAAGCUGGAGGACAAGCAGACGGUGGUGUUCCACUGCGCCCUGAGUCAGCAGCGUGGCCCCAGCGCGGCGUUGCAGUAUCUCCGGGCAAAGGAGGAGGCUGCCUCGCCGCAAAAGGGGGACGGCAAAGGUGAGGUUGAGGACGCGGGCAAGCCACGGCAGAAAGUCUACGUUCUUGACCGGGGCUUUGUGGGCUGGCAAGAGGUGUAUGGUCCAGAUGAACGCCUGACGGAGGGCUACCGGAAGGAGUUGUGGGAGGAAGGAUAUUAG